CUUUAAAAUACUCGACUGCAGUCCCAGUAAUAUUUCUUUCAGCCCUCAAGUAUCAUGUCUUCCCUGACAAGUGGACCAAUUUUUAUCGCCCUCUCUGGCUUCUCUCUGGUGUGAUAAAUUCAUUGUAUUCAUUCUAUUGGGAUGUUGCCCGUGAUUGGGAUUUGAGCGUUUUUACGAGAAUUUUCAAGUUUAAAAAUCCACAUCUUUGCACAAACCUUCUAUAUGGGCGGAUAUGGGUGUUCUAUUGGAUGAUAGGAAGCAACUUAAUUCUUCGAUGUACGUGGACUUACAAACUUUCUGCACAUCUUCGGCACAACUACCUGACUGUCUUCACGAUAACAGCUCUGGAGAUAUUGCGGCGGUUUCAGUGGAUUUUCUUUCGUGUUGAGAAUGAGUGGAACAAGAUGACGGCCAAGCAAAAUAUCGAGCUCUCCACCGAGAAUAUCCCAAAGGAGGAAGAAAGAUUACUCGGUCCUGCCAGCCAUAACGUAACUGAAAGGUCCACCCAUUUGAGGUAAAUGCCAUUCAGCAAUUGCUU